GCAAUUGUGGCACAGUCAGUGCUUUGGGGCCAUCAGCAAGAAGCAGGAUUGUACGGUAUAUAUCCUGCGUCGUCGCGUCCACCACUCACACAAAGAAAAAUUAAAUCAAAUCGAAUCAAAAAAAGAAAAUACCACAAAAAAAAUAGCAAAGAAAAGUAAAGCACCCCCAGAGGACACCAUCGAAUGUCUUCGAGUUAGCCGCUAGUGAAGAAAUCAAAGUGCAAAUCCCCCGGAAUGUGUACGGCAAAACGGGAUAAAAUAAAUAUAGUAUGAUGCGAGAGCUGCCAAUCGGGCUGGUCUAGUUGAAAGGGGGGGAAAAGGAAAAAAAAAAGUGUGUGGAGGAGGAGGAGCAGAGUGUAAAGAAAAGAAACGAAACGAAACGAAAGAAACCCAAGAAAAUCUGCUAAGCCAAGCAUAACUCUCGAGCACUGCCUACAACGCCCCCAACCUGCCGUGUCCCCGCCCACACGCGAACGAACCGUUACGGCAGUUGAUGCUGCGCUCUGGGAAGAACAGCCAUACACCCAUACACAGACACAGUGCCUUAUAUACACGCAUAGGUACAUAAAUUUCUAUAUAAUUAUGUGAGCCCAAAACCAAAAACCAAUUCAACGAAGCAACCGAAUUUCCACAAAUUUCCAAUUUCCAAGGUUAAUGAGCGCCAGCAGCCCCAGCAAUAAUAAUAACUGAAACAGCAACAACAACAUCAACAACAAAUAGCAACAACAACAAAUAACAACAGCAUCAAUUACAGCUGCCACAACCCUACCCCACCCCCAAAAGCUAUCCAAUGAAAUUCCAAAAAUAGUUGAUAAUCCCCAAAAGAAAAUUAUAUUGUACAGUGCCAAAAAGAAAAAAAGUGUGAAAAAUCUAUGAAAAGUUCGAAUAAAUUUGUGUCAAACAUGAGCCGAGGAUACGCAUACCGAAUUUGCCCUGCUGCCGAGGUUAACUGAAUGCGAUCCAGCAGCGUCCUGGAGAGCAGCGGCACUUAGCUUAGGGGGUCACGGACAGUGCGGACAGUUUGGAAUCUUGGAAAGAGCACAGCCAGGUCAGGAUUCAUGCCUCUAGCAGCAGCAGCAGUCAGAGCCGAAGUAGCAGCAGAAGAACCAGGAGCAGGAGCAGGAGCAGGACCAGGACCAGAAGCAGGGAGCAGAUCUGUUCAGCAGUCACUGAAACUGGAGUCAAAUCAGGAUACGGAUACGGAUACGGAUCAGAAGCAGCAGCAGCAGCAGCAGCGGCCGCAGCUGGAUCGCACACCAAAUCCGAAUCCCACACUUCUGAUGAUGAUGGGGCCAUGAGCCCAUCAUUACUCGCAUUGAAUUGGAGUCGCAAGCGCGUCUCAAGCGGGCCUGCACCAUGCUAGCACCGCCGAACCCGAGGUCAAUAUGCGGCCAGGACCCGGGCUGGUCGUGAUGGCGCUUGCGUUUAUUUCGGGGGCUCGGCGUGGCAGCAGCAGCAGCAUCAGCUCAACGACGACGACGACGACAGCAUCCACAUCAAUAGGAACAACAUCAGCAGGAGCAGCGGGAGCAGGAGCAGGAGCAGGAGCAGGAGGAGGAGCAACAUCAGGAAUUGGAGCAACUGCAGCAGGCGGCGGCGGCGGCGGCGGCGGCGGCACAGAAGGAGCAGGUGGAGGUGGAGCAAGAGGAGGUCACAGAGGUGGAGGAGGAGUUGGAACUGCGUUACCGUCCAGAGGCGAGUCGUCGUCAUUCAUUAGCAGCUCUGGCUCAUAUCUGCUGCCCAUCUUUCUGCCCAACCAUCUCGACUUGUACCGUCGGCCCACGCCCCAGGCCAUCUACCAGCUGCCACCCACUUACCAGCACGCCCACGAACCCGACGAUCCGCGUGCCCGCACCGAGGCCCUAAGCGCGAGGCUACAGCGGCGUCGGAGACGCGAGCGCAGCCUCAGUAGCGAUAUUGUUGGCAGGGCAGGGGGGACGGGAACGGGAGCGGUAACGAGAUCGGGGACCGGGUCCAGCAACGAGGAGGAGGAGGAGGCGGGCGAACAGGAGCAGGGAGAUAGCGGUCUGCCAGUGCAGUAUUCAUCCUCACAAGCGCUAGACGAGGACGAGGACAUCUUUGCCCUUGUGGCCGAGGACGAUUUGCUGUCCGAAGAGUCCUUCGAUCGCUUGAUAAAGCUCAACGAGGACGUGGACGAGGAGGAUAAGCUCAACGAAGAGGAUUACAAUAUCCAGCAGCAGCAGCAGCAACAGCAACAGCAGCAACACGAGCCAGUCCUGGAGUUGGAGGCGGAUACCGAGACAGAAACGGAGACGGAGACAGAAACAGAGACGGAGACGGAGCAACAGCAGCAGGACGAGAGCAGCCUGAUUGAUGAGAGUGUCCUGCAGCUCAGCGACAACAUCAGCCCGAAGGACUUUCCUUCCACCAACAGCAACAGCAACAACAACAACAACAACAACAACAACAACAACAACAAUAAUAAUAAUAACAAGAGGGAAGCUACCGGCAACAUCCUUGAUGCCCAGGCGGCUCAGCUGAUUGGCCAAAGGGAUAACAGCUGGUCCGGCGGCGCCUUAAGCGCCUCCGCUGCAGUGGCCAUAACCAGGUCAGCGGCGGCAACAGCAGCCGGAACAGCAGGAGGUGGGACAGCUAGAUCCCUGCCAGACCCCGUCGAGCUGAAGAAGAGCAUACUUGGCACUGCGUCCUCAUUAACACGCCUUAAUCCUUGGAUAUCAGCCUGUGAUCUGGCACAGCCGGGCACAGGCACCGACUUGCAGGGUCAGUGCUCGGCUGGCACACUGCCCAUGGCCUGGGUCGAUGAGGGACCUGGGCCACCAACGUGUCCGCGUUCCUGCGCCGAACAGCAGCCAUUGCCACAGAAACGGACAGCAGCGGCCGGAGAGGGGUCCGUGUCGAAGAGGAGCGUCAGCAGUAACAAUAAAGCCAAGUAUUUCGUAAACUAUAAGACAUCCCAGAUGCGCUUGGGCCACAGCAAUCGAGUGAUGUCGCGUGUGCGCAGGGAGCGAGAUCGCAGCGAUGGGGAUCCUCCGGUCACGGACAUACCCACUACCACAGAGGCCGACCAGGACGAUGAGCUGGAGCUGGAGCUGGGGGAGAGUGCGGCUGCAUCCUCCACCAUGGCCAGCCCCAGCAGCGAUGAUGCGGAUGCGGCGGCAGCGCCAACGUUGUCCUACAGCCAUCUGCAUGCCCAGCCGCAGAUUCACCUCGACACAGCAGACCAGCAGCAGCAGCAGCAGCCGCAGCAGGGGCACUUGCACGCUGGCGCUGGCGCUGACGCCGAGAAUGAGGAGCAACAACAGUGCCUUGAUUAUCUGGGCGAUGCCGCCGAGUCGAGUGCGCAGCAUCUGUGUGGCCUGGAGUCGCCCGCGGAGCUGCUGAAGCGUCUGCGGACGCUGCGCCUUCGAAACUGCUGCGAGCGGAGCGUGUUCAGUGCCCUGCACACGCUGGCCCUCAACGCCACCCUCUCGGACAGGGGCGAGUGCGUACGCAUUCUCAGCGACCUGCUGGAGGUGGACUCCCUGGCCAAUCGCAUCACCUGCGAGCUGGCCGAGAUCCUCUUCCGCUUCGACUGUCGGCAGGUCUACUCGCUGAUCAACCAGUGCGACGACUGCAAGGAAGCAUAUCGUCGCUGGGUAUGCAGUACACUGGUGCCAUAUUUUGCCGAGCCAAAGGACGUUGCUCCACCCGGGACUGAGCAGAGCAGCAAUGCGAAAACUCCUGGCAAAAACAAACGCUCGGCGUGGAGUGCAACGCGGACUGAGGGAGGUGAUGUAGCUGGUGUAGCUGGAGCUGGAGGAGUGAACGGAAUCAAGCAUAAAUCUCUGAAAUUAAUCAGCAAUAACAAUAAAUCAAAUAACGGCAAUAACAUGAACGAGCGUCAGAUUAAUCAGAAGCCUGACAAGAGCUCGAAGGCGAAUGGGAACGAGGAGAACACGAACGCAAACGGCAAUGUGAACGGGAACGUGAACGGGGACAAUGACCGCAAUGUGGAGGAUGCGAUUGGCAGGGAUCUGGCUCAGACAUUCUAUGAUGUUGUUGGCAUGUCUAAUCCCCACCAGAGCCAGGUGUCGGAUGUGAAUGGUGGCGAGGGGCCAGUUGCCAUGGCCGCGGCUGAGGCUGAAACACAAUCCAAUAAUUUCAUAUCGACUGCCAAUAAUGCGGAUCCCAGAGGCUUGGAUCCAGUGAUAUCAAAACUUCAAAAGAGAUCGACACGCAAGGCGGAGUUCCGCAAGCGACGACGCAUCCGGCCCUGCCUGAGCGUCUGUCAAACCGUAGAACAAAAGUGCCCGUAUCUGCUGCCCGCCGACCGCGCCCCUGCGCUGCCCACCCAAUAUGCCGGCGAGCCGACAUUUCUUUGCCUAGAUCAAAAUAUACCCGAAACUGGAGAGCAGCUGAAGAAAUCCAGCUACGGCCCCAACGACUGCUGCUACAGCUACUGCAACGGACCCGAGAGCGGAGUCUGCACCGUGUGCCAGGAUUUUGCCCCGCCGCGGGCAAGUCCCAGCGAUGUGGCAGCAAAUUCCACCCGCCGAGUCCACAACAUAACGCUCACGCUGAGCUCUCCCCCCGGCGAGCAUGCCCGGGCCAAGAGCGUGGCUCUGGCCCUGAGGAACGUGACCAAGGAGCGCGACAGCGAACAGGACGCCAUGGAGUCACUGAUGGAGCGUCUGCCGUACUAUGCACGCCUCGGCAGCAUCUACUACUACGACGAGGACGGAGAGAUGCCCAAGGCGCCGGUAUCCGGCAACUGUGCCCCAGUGCCCGCCGUCACCACGCGCUGCACAUUUCCGUACUACGCCUCGGGCACAGAGGCCGCGGCACCGCCCACACAGCUGCUCGUCUGGCUGAGCGCUUUGCUCGGCCUGCUCAGCAGCUGCGGGGCGGCUCAGCGCUGGAGCUGCAGCUGGAGCGGCGGCUGUGGGCAGCGUGGCCGUGGUCGCCAGUGCGUCAACUGCGAGGCCAGCUGCCACGAGCAGGAGCUAAUCACCAGCAACAGCAACUCAGCAAGUGGCAGUGGCAGCGGCAGCGGCAGCACGAACAGGAGGAGCAGCCAGCAAAGCGUCGAUGGAAAAUGCACGGAAAAGGCUCCCCAAGCAGAAGCCGAAGCCGAGGCUGAGGGCGCUUUCGGGUCGAAUGCUUGGAUGUGGGCGUGGUCGGUGAGACCACUAAAUACUCAUAGGCAGAUGUGUAGCAAAGUGAGAUACUUUAGUAGCCGGAGUAAAUUUAAAUGCGAGUCGCGAGGUGGUCGUAUAUCCAUGCCUAAAUAUAGAGACUUAGAUCCGGUACGAUUACGAGUCAGAAUCAGGAUCAGGAUCAGGUGGAGUUGGAGCUGGCCGGGCGGGGGUGUGUGGCAGGCGAGGGAGGGGUGCACUAGGACUAUUAACUAUCGCUAUUUCUACUACUACAACUACAACAUCAACGAUUGGUGGCGGAGAUGGUGGCUGGGGGAGUGGCGAAUUGUGGGCAGCGGCGCCUUAUAGUGCCUGCAAAACGUGUGUGGCCGUGUGCUUCCGCCAACAGUGGGCGGACGAUGGCGACGGCGAUGGCAAGCCAAUGGCUGCCCGUGUACUCUCUCAUCCCUGUCGCUAUAGGAAAAUCGAAUGGUAGUUAAUUCCGAAAUGAUAAAUAAUAGAAGUUGAGAGCUAAAAAAAAACAGAACAUAGACACCAACAACAAGAUUAUAAAACUGGGGGAAAAGCGAAUUAAAUGAGACAUAAAACCAAAGCAAAUAAAAACCACAUAAAUAUUUAUGGUCCUCUUUCAAGUGAAAUAAAAACGAACAUGAAUUAUAAAUCUCCAUUGAAAAAAAAAAACCCAAAAAACAAAAUAGCAUAUUUUAUUACAACUAGAACAAAGAAUAUUAAUAUUUAAUUAAACAAAAAGCAACUGCCACAAGAAUAGGUUUUUUAGAUAAAUGAUAACAGAGACACAGAAAAAAAAAACCAAAAAAAAAAAACAGGAACAUUUAACAGGAGCAUGGAACUAAACAAUGAUAUACAUAUGUAUGUACACAUGAUAUGUAUGUGUACAUACGAGUACAUCAAACGGAACCGAAACGAAACCAAAAAUAAAAAUAGUUAUUAAUUUAAUUACUGGCGAGCAACAAAUACGAAAAUUUUAGGUUAGCUAAAAAUGAAACAAAUAAAGAAAGAAAACAAAGAGAAACGGAAAAAUGGAAUAAUUUACAACUAGAAUAACAAAGAAAUUUUGAAAACGGCAUACAUAACUAAAUAGCGGAAAAUUCACGACGACAGCUAACAAAACAAAAGAGGAAAGAAAAUACAAUUUCAUUAACAAAUUGACGUAUAGGCCGCGUAUCAACCACCUUUCAAAGAAACCCCAAAAACAAAAAACGAAACGUGAACUUUACUUAAAAAAAUCUAGUUUAACGAAAUAUAAAAGAACAUAUAUAUAUGAAAUACUGUAGUCGAGACGGUCGAGAGAUGUGGAAGCGAUUAAUUAACAAAUUAAUUAAUCAAUUAACGAGACGAAGAUAACAAAAAUAACAACCACAAACGUGUCUAAGAAUUGUCUUUAUUUAGUUUUAAAACGGAAGCAGACGAUGAUGGUUCAUAAUUUGUAUAAUCCCUGAGAAAACCCAGAAAAGAACCCCGAAAAAUGGGUGGACAGAGGAGCAUGUAAAGCGCACAGUAAAACUUAUCUUUAAGGUUCAUUAAAGGAUUCAGACACAAAACGGAAGCAUUACCAGUAUAUAGAGCCAUGAUCCAUGCGCCACAUUUACGUAUAUGUAUAUUGAUCUGGGUAUAGGAUCUGAUCUGUACGAUAGGAAUAGUGAAAAUGUGCAACGUAAACAGCAACAGAAGAUAGAGAAAAGCAAACAGCAGCAACAACAUACCUACUAUAUGAAUAAUAAUAAUAAUAAUUUUUGUAAUAAAGUGAACUCUAUGUAGCGAAUACAUAUAUAAUACAUUUGCGAGGGAUAUAUUUAUAAUUAUCAAUUUAUCGUACAUAACUUGCAGCAGAAAUGGAAUAACUAUAGGAAAAACGAAACAAAACAAAACAAAAAAUGAAUUAAAAAAAAACCAAACUUAAACCAAUAAGAAAUAUUCAGAUAAAUAGUCAUAUUUGGUAUUAACUAAUUAACUAUGGAGCUAAGUACGAAACAGUAUGAGAAAGUCCCUCUGAUAGAGCACACUCGCCAAACAAACAAAAUAAAAACUCACACUCACACUCACACAUACACAUACACCUUAUACCAUAUACCAUAUACCUACCUUAAGCACUCUUAUACAAUAUAUUUAGUUUAGUUAGUUUCUACUCACCGCAUCAUCUCUCAACGCUUUCGAAAUUUCCUAUGUUUUUGGGAAAAUUCAUUCCGAAAUCUGUUAACGAAAGGUUCAACUUUGACCCACUGCAGGCAGUGGCUGAGAAACGAAACCGAAACUUCUUUUGAGUCUAGUACACAUGUAUGUACGAGUAGUAAUGUUUUGUAAUGUUCCUCAACUUUCAGCUGGAAUUUCACUUCCGUUUUCAACACUUUCUUUCAACACUGACGCAUUACUUUAGGAAGAGAUAGAAUAAUAGGAAUGGUGUGGAUUGUGUUAGAUGUUGUUGUAGAAACGUAAAGAAUAUUACAAGCAAAAGUAGUAGCAUUCAUUAAGGACCUCUCAUGCACUUACAUUUCUUUGAUUUCCCCCUCCAUAUCAAUAAAUAUUUGUAAAUAGAAAAGAACUACAGUAUCCUUUAACUGUCCCUGGAAAUUGGGACAUUUUUUUCUGUGAGAGUUUCUGUCCCACACGAAUUUUCUAUUACGAGAUUUUCCGUUCGCCAACAAUUUUCCAUAAUUAAUGUCCCGUCUGUGUGUAAAACUCUUUCCGCAACUCAAUGAAACACACACGAAAUUUAUGAAUUUACAUAAACAAAAACCUUUCGCUAUCUCGUACUGUCGUCAGCGAGAUAACUGUACAUUGGGGCGAAUGCUAAACUCAUUUCGAAGAGGAGCGACACGAAUGAAGAAACAGAGCAGAAACAGAGAGAGAGAGAGAGAGAGAGAGAGAGAGCCGCUGGCACAAAUUGCGCGCAUAUUGAAAUGCAAAUUGUUAUGAAUUAUUGUGUACUUUUGUAAAACUUUUUGAUAUAUAUAAAAUAGUUAACAUGAAUAGAUGCCUAAAUAAUAAUAAAUUAAAUGUUAAUUUAUUUAAAUGUAAACAAUAAAUGGACGUGAACGUAGAUGGAGGUCUGUGGACGGUGGACGGUGGACGGUAGGCGGUAUACGGAGGCGGGCAAUCCGAUCGUGAUUCCGAUUUCGAUCCCAAUUCCCAACCCCAUCCCGAUUCCCAUUCCAAUUCCACGUCUCCCUUAGAGUAUGUAUGUAUUAAACAAAUUGUACGCGUUGGACGGUUGGAGAGGAUGUUUCCAGAAUGAGACGAUUUUCAUUGUGCAAGGAGAAAAACUAGUUGAAUUGUGUGCGUAUUGGGGGGGGUAAACGGUAAAACUCAGAGCUGUAGCUCCGAUCAAGCGACGAUUAUAUGAUAUCGUCAAACAUUACUUUACCGCAGCGCAACCGAACAGGAAGAAAUAGCCGCAAUGGAACCAGCCCAUGCGAUCCACACACCCACACACACACACUAACGAAUUCCAAUGCCCAUCCGAAUCAAUAACAAGUUAGCACGAAUUAUACAAUAAUUUUUGUAAUUGAUUAGCAGCUGCCACAAAAAAAAAAAACAAAAAACCAAAAACAAAACCAAACAUAAUUAAAGAUACCCAGUAAUGAAACAAAAAACUCCGCUGCAGCAACAAAAUGUAUGGCAAACGGUAGCAAUUAUUUUCUACAAAAACAAAAAAAAAAAACUAUUUAAAAUAUGUAAAAAAAAAACAAAAAAUAAAUAAAAACGAAAAGAGAAUUUUAAAAACGAAAACCAAAAUUCUUUUUAGGUCAGAACGAAAUUACAUAAUUUUUUGCCAUGGCAAAGAGGAACGAAAAAUAUUAAAUGUAUUGUAUUUGAUAUCAAAAAAGAAAACACCGAAUGCCAAACAAAUACGAAACCGAGAAGUAGAGAGGCAAGCGAAGCGAAGCGUAAUAAUACAUGAAAAUUCAUAGCGCCCAGUCAAGACAAAUUUAAUUUAAUUAAAUGGAACAACAACAAAACAAUUAAAAAAAUUAAAUCAAAGCUGCUAGCUAACAAAACAAAACAAUUUCCAUUAAAAACGAAUACUAAAACCAUAGAGUUUUCCAAGGGAAAACGUUUGCAGCCAAGAA